AUGAGUCAGCGCAUCGGAGAUGAACAGGUGAAGACCAUUGAUACUCCUGCUGACGGAAAUCUAACCUCUGAAGAGAAGUCACAAGUGCAAGGUUUUGAGGACUUUACAUACAAUGAAGAUGUUAUGAAUUUCGAGUUACCACCUUUACCAGAUCCGCUACCGAAGUGUAAAUCUGCGCUCGAGAAGUUCGUGGUUCCCAAAGAAUCCGACUUGGUUCGGAGAUCUUUCAUCCCACUACGUACUCACCCGGAUCAUUUUGUCGAUAUCUACUUCGAGAAUGUGGUGGAGACAGGGAAAUCGCGAUUGCCUUGGAAUCUUGUGCGUCCAGCAUUCUUAUGGAAAGUUAAGUCCUGUAUGGACGAAAUGGUGCGGUGGCAUCGGCAGCGAGAAGGUCCUGAUUCUUUAGAUCUAAGUGAUGGGUCAGAGAACAAAAGAUUGUAUGAUCUCAUUCUUGAAAAGGCGGCAAAAUUCGAAGCAGCACCCUUUACAUGGCAAAGAAUUUGUGAACUGCUAAAUUCACCAUCGCGUCACUAUCGAAAGGCUGACAAGUACUUCCGUGCGCUGGACAAAACAAUCAACGUUGUCACGACGGUUUCAGAAGAUGGCCGGCGAAUGACUGGAAAUCCUCCAUAUGGUGAGCGUGCUGAGAGCGAUUUCUGGGAUCCAGAUUUUGCUUACAAUGCGCAGAAAGUCAGUGAUAGCCCAUGUAAUAAGGAUCAACUGGAACCUCUCGAUAUGAGUAGAAAAAGGGCAUGUUGCUCCGAUGAAGAAUCCACAAAAAAUGAAGGAUCGGAUGAUGAGAUGGAGUUCUAA